AUGUCUAAAACUAUACUUCCCCUAACCUUUGGGAUCGAAAUCGAGUUUCUAUUUGCAACUCAAAAACCAAAAACAUACGAAAUAACGUGCGGCUCCGAAGAGUUCAACCUCGACAACUACGAAGGCGAUCCAGACGAUACCUGGGAUGAGGAGGAUGAAGAUAUCGAUCCCGAUGAUCGUGAGUAUCAGCAAAUACGCCAGUCAGCCAUGAUACUUCGGAACAAAGACGUGGCACUGGCAAUCUACAACGACAAACCUCAGCAAAAUACCGUCUUACGCCGGUGGAAUCUGACCACCGACACUUGCAUCCGUCUACCAUCCACUGACGAAGAAGCAGUGAAAUGGACAAAUGGCAUCGCUAGUGCGGUGGACGACUGGGAGUUUAUUGGUCUGGAGUUGAUCUCCCCAGUCUUGAAGACCCCAGACACAACUUCUGCAGCAUUCGACGGUGUCUCAUUUCGAGAACUCGACAGAGUACUGGCAGCCAUGCAGGCAUCACCGUCUGCACCAUAUAUAUAUACUGCGAACGCAAAGGUGUCAAGCUUACACGUUCACAUCGGCGUGGAACUUUCAGAGUUGGGCACCCCCAACGACAUACCCUUGAAUGUGCUCCAGCACCUAACUUGGAUGAUCCUGGCGUAUGAAGACGCCAUCACACUUUUGCACCAUCCUGAGCGUCAUGGCUACUACGGGACUAAGAGCCGAGAACGAACCAUGUCGAACAGACGAAUCUUUGCGCCGGAAUGGCAGGUCAAGAACGAACCUCUGCCGAAUUUCAAUCAUACUUGCGGCCAGACGCCGGUUUUUGAUGCAGAGCUAGCCUUCACUCGCGUCUUUGGAGAGGUCAAGAGCCACAGGGACCUUACCUGUCUGGUGAGCAACCAGAUCUCCCGUCACAACGGCUGGUGGCGAGAGACAAUGGUCAACUUUGGCAAUCUGGUCUCGCAGUCAGUGGGCACGCGACGUGUCCCUACCAAGACCGUUGAGUUCCGUCAACACCACGGUACUUUGGACGUCCAAGAGAUCAAGGAAUGGGUAUAUUUCGUCACGAGCCUGGUGCGAGCCGCGGAGAAGAAAGCCAACGAGGUAAGCCCACUAGGGUCCAGCGAGGCUCAGGAAUCCCUAACUCUGACAGUUGCGCGUGAAAAGGCCAAAUAUCCCAUGAUCUGGGUCAAGGAGAUGAGGACUUUGCGGGAGUUGUUUGACUUGAUGGACCUGCCGCUGGAGAGACGUAAGUACUGGUUUUUGCGUGCUCAGAUGAUGCGAAGUGACAAGUUUGCUGACUACUUCAAGGGCGGAACCUGUACUCCUGGUGCAUGCACGGGGUCGGUGAUUCGUAACUCUGAGGGGUGGGAAGAAGGUGAGUUGAUCGAGAUUCCCUGGGGUCGAGAAUUGGAGGUCGACGCGCGUCCUGCGAGCGAGCUCCCUCCAACAGACGGUGAUGGCGAUGUUGUGAUGUACUGA